AUGUUUGGCUUGACAAAAAUUAUUAGGCAAGUUGCAUUUCGUGCACCCGGUUCAUAUCUUUUUUCCUCUGCAUCGUCAACACCGUUACCUGAAGCGUUGAAAAUGCGAAUUGAAAAUAUGAUCUCAUCUGCUCCGGUAGUAGUUUUCAUGAAAGGUACGCAGCUGGAACCAAUGUGCGGCUUUAGCAAAAAUGUCAAAUUGGUAUUAGAUUUUCAUGAGGUUAAAUUCAAAGAUUAUAACGUACUCGGCGAUGAUGACCUAAGAGAAGGUAUUAAAACAUAUAGUGAUUGGCCUACGAUACCUCAAGUUUACGUGAAUGGCAACUUCAUAGGUGGUUGUGAUAUUCUUGUUCAAAUGCACAAAAAGGGUGAAAUAACGGACCUCUUCGAGAAAGAAGGUAUAAAAACACGAUUUUCGAAUGCUUUAAACGACGAAAUAAAAAAACAUUAG